CUGCUUGCUGCUGGUUCGGCUGCGGGAGCCCGACGGGAGCGGUGCGGAACUCGGCGGCGGCGGCCGGGAAGAAGGCUGCAGCGGCGAGGGAAGAGGACGAGGCUCGGCGGCGGCGGCCAAGGCUCAGGACCCUCGGCCCGGGUGGGGCGCGGGCUCUCGGCAGCCGAGGCGGCUGAGGCGGCCGCGCCGCUCUGGGUGUGGCCGGGCUGUCCGGGCCUCCGGCCCCGGGGCUAUGAGCCGCGAGCGCGCGAGCCCGAGCCCGAGCCGCUGCUAGAGGCCGCUCGGCGGGCAGGCGGCCCGAGGAGGAGCCGCGCGGCCCCGGCAGUCAUCUUCAGCAGUACUGUCUGUUACUAAGCUCAAGGCAAACACAGGCUUGGAGGAUGAGUGAGCUGGAGCAGUUACGGCAGGAAGCAGAGCAGCUUCGGGGUCAGAUCAAGGAUGCUAGGAAAGCAUGUGGUGACACAACACUCAGUCAGAUGACAACAAGUCUGGAUUCUGUGGGAAGAAUCCAGAUGCGAACGAGGCGUACACUUCGGGGUCACUUAGCUAAGAUUUAUGCCAUGCACUGGGGAUAUGACUCAAGGCUACUAGUCAGUGCUUCCCAAGAUGGAAAACUAAUCAUUUGGGAUAGCUACACCACAAAUAAGAUGCAUGCCAUUCCUUUGAGAUCCUCCUGGGUGAUGACCUGUGCUUACGCUCCCUCUGGGAAUUAUGUUGCUUGUGGUGGUUUGGACAACAUCUGUUCCAUCUACAACCUAAAAACCAGAGAAGGCAAUGUGAGAGUGAGCCGGGAAUUGCCAGGCCACACAGGCUACUUGUCCUGCUGCCGUUUCUUAGAUGACAACCAAAUUGUUACAAGUUCAGGAGAUACAACCUGUGCUUUAUGGGACAUUGAAACUGGCCAACAGACCACCACAUUCACUGGACAUACUGGAGAUGUGAUGAGUCUCUCUCUAAGUCCUGACAUGAAAACUUUCGUUUCUGGUGCUUGCGAUGCCUCUUCUAAACUCUGGGAUAUCCGAGAUGGAAUGUGUAGGCAGUCUUUCAUUGGGCAUGUGUCAGAUAUUAAUGCUGUCUGUUUCUUUCCUAAUGGGCAUGCUUUUGCCACUGGCUCUGAUGAUGCCACUUGCCGCCUCUUUGACCUUCGUGCAGACCAAGAGUUGAUGAUGUAUUCUCAUGAUAAUAUCAUCUGUGGAAUCACUUCUGUCGCCUUCUCAAAAAGUGGGCGCCUCUUGCUAGCUGGUUACGAUGAUUUUAACUGUAACGUAUGGGACACGUUGAAAGGAGAACGUGCAGGUGUCCUUGCUGGCCAUGACAACCGUGUCAGCUGUCUAGGUGUUACUGAUGAUGGCAUGGCUGUAGCAACAGGAUCUUGGGACAGUUUUCUUAGAAUCUGGAAUUAACUGGGUUGUCAUAUGUUUUACAUUCUCCGUUGAGAUCUGGAGAGAUCAAUGCUGCAGCCUGUAGCUGUGAAAUAACAUUUCUACCUUGUAUUUGCAGGUGAAGUUUGGUUUUUUUUCUAGUCACUAUUACACACACACACACACACACACACACGCACGCUUUCUGUAAACUAGAAGAAAAUAAAGUGAAGAAGGCGGGGGGAGGGGGGACCAAUGUAUAAAAUCAUGGUGACAGGAAAGUAAAUACAGACCCAGUUUUGUUUCGGGAAAUUUGGUUAGCUUGAUCUGAGGAAUUUCUGCUUGUGCUCAAAGUCUGCUAAUUCUAUAUUUUCCUGGUAUGAAACAGAAUGCACACACUAUUGCAGCCUCUCCUGUAACAUUUGUCUGUCUGUAAAAUAUGUUUGUGUUUUUUUAAAAGAACUACAUUUAUAGCUUUGCAUCUUUCUGAAAUGUCAUAUUUCUGAGUGUUUUGGAGGAUGAAUCAAAUGAUAGCUUUGAAGAAGUUAGGGUCUUUAUGAAAUUGCUCUAUAUGGGAAGUGAUGCCAUGUCUUUGAUAUGUGGUUGUGCCUAUAUGUGGGUGCUUUGGAAGGAUGAUCUCCUUUUAUCUGGUGAAAUGGGUCCAGUGAUUCCAUUCUGUUACCUAGAGCCUUACUUCUUCAGCCCCUUCCUCUUAAACAUUGAGGAUAAUAUUUUUCCCCUUGUGGUUUCGGGUGCAUCCUUUAACACCAAUGGACAUUAUUCCCCAGAAUUAAUUACAUGCCCACAUUCAUUUGGGACAGAUGAACUAUGUAGAAUCCUGGAAGAAGUGCUCUCUACAGUUGCCAAAUAGCCAUUUUCUUUUCUAGGACUAUACAGGAAAUUUUAGAAUUGACUCCAUGUUCAAAGAGUAGGUAGCAGACAAAUGGCCAACAAAGAAUUCUUUGCACAUACUUCAAGGCAUUCAGUGAUACAAUGACACUAUGAGUGACAUGUCCCACUGUGAACUUAGAGAAUUGAAUUUCAUUACACUGAGUUUUUAGGAUAUUUGGAAAUUUUUCAGGUUGGAUUUUUUUUUUUUGGUUCUUUGCCUCAGAGAUUAAGAAUGAGUUGUUUUCCUGUAAACCUGAGUAUAUAUGCCUGUUUUAUGCAUGGUUAAUGUAGUAAGAUAGCACUAUGUUUUGAACGAAGAGCAUUAUCCCUUGUCUAUAGGUCAGUAACCUUAUUUAAAACCAUGUUUCUACGAAUUUUAUGACCUUUUAAUUUAAAAUUUAGCUUGGUAAAAAUGGCCUGUGCCUUCACAUUUUAGUAGAUGCCAGUGGUCUGUUAAAUUGAAACAUUAGUUUCAAUUAGUUAUUUUGUUUAAAUAUUCCCUUUAGUGCCAAGUGUACAUUUCUUAAACUAUUUUGCUAAUAAAAGAUUGCAUCUAAGCCAAGGAACCUUAAGGAAACCAAUCUCAGUACUGAGUUUGAAGUAUGCUCAUGUAAUGGUUAAAUUUCCUUACCAGAGUAAUUUUAUUUUACUAGCAUUGGAUAUACCACAAAAACUGGACUACAAGGAUCAGUAGUCUUUCGGGAAAAAAAAUGUGCUUUCCAUCUUGGAUUCCCCUUAAAGUCAUUUAAUUGGUGAUGUUGCAUUAAGUGUUGGGAAAUAUCCUGUUGAGUCAUUUUUGUGAACUUAAGAGCCCAAGAUUCUAUAAGUGUGCUAGACCACAGAUUAUUGCUGAGACCAACAUGAAAUUGUGAUAACUUGUCACUCCUAAUGUCAGCACUUCCAAACUGUGCCUGUAAGUCUGUCUUGUUUACAAAUAGUUAAAGUGUGCCAACCACAGUGAAUUCAGUAUCAGUUCUAUAUCACAUGCUAGAAAGAGAAUAUACUUAAGGCCAAUUAGGGAGGUAUAGGACCAAAAUUAUUCUAUACUGUCACUUAUAAGAACUCCUACAUUUUCCUUUUUGUGUGAUGACUUUCAUGCUGUAUUAAUUAUAUAAUGUCUAUGUGUAUCUUCAUAAAGAGCAGCUCUUUGAGGCCAGGCGGAAUGUGGAUUUUAAAGGUGCAUACAGUAACUCUGGAGAAAAAAUGUCAUUUAGUUUGUCAUUAUGAAAAAUGGCUAAAAAGCAUUUCUCCUGACGAAA